GAUGUUGGCUGAGGGUCCUGGCUGAACGAUUGAUGAUGUUGGCUGAGGGUCCUGCCUGAACGAUUGACGAUGAUGGCUGAGGGUCCUGCCUGAACGAUUGACGAUGAUGGCUGAGGGUCCUGCCUGAACGAUUGACGAUGUUGGCUGAGGGCCCUGGCUGAAGGAUUGACGAUGAUGGUGGCUGAGGGCCCUGGCUGAAGGAUUGACGAUUAUGUUGGCUGAGGGCCCUGGCUGAAGGAUUGACGAUGAUGUUGGCUGAGGGUCCUGGCUGAAGGAUUGACGAUGAUGUUGGCUGAGGGUCCUGGCUGAAGGAUUGACGAUGAUGUUGGCUGAGGGUCCUGGCUGAAGGAUUGACGACGAUGUUGGCUGAGGGUCCUGGCUGAAGGAUUGACGACGAUGUUGGCUGAGGGUCCUGGCUGAAGGAUUGACGACGAUGUUGGCUUAGGGUCCUGGCUGAAGGAUUGACGAUGAUGUUGGCUGAGGGUCUUGGCUGUGUAAUAAUGCUGAGCGUGCAUGCUGUUGGGUUUAGCCUAUACAGUGCUGAUAAUGUGGACUGUCCUGGCUCAGUUACACUCCAGUCUGUUAUUGUCUCCUGCUGGUCAGAACAACCUGUUUCCGGGGCUUCUGUCUUGCAAAGGAAACUGGUGUUAUUGGAAGUCUGGCUGUAGUAGCCUUGCGUUUUGAGUUGUGGCAUGACAUUCUCAAAUUUAUACCUGCAUGUUCUCUUUAAUUAGUGUGUGUCUUCCUUUUAUUAACAUCAUUCGUAUUUUAUGAAAUGACCACCUCGUUCACAAUCUGGCUUAAUCAUAUAUAUCAUAUAUAUCCAGCUUUCUAUUUCAUCUACCGACAACUGUGCCACAUCUCAGUGACAGACAGAAGGAGCUAUGGGACAUGGAGUCUGUCCCUCCCACUGCAGGGUGACACUCUGAAGGGAGCUAUGAAACACAGUCUGUCCUUCCCACUGCAGGGUGACACAGACAGAAGGAGCUAUGGGACACGGAGUCUGUCCCUCCCAUUGCAGGGUGACACUCUGAAGGGAGCUAUGGAACACAGUCUGUCCUUCCCACUGCAGGGUGACACAGACAGAAGGAGCUAUGGGACACGGAGUCUGUCCCUCCCACUGCAGGGUGACACAGACCGAAGGAGCUAUGGGACACGCAGUCUGUCCCUCCCACUGCAGGGUGACACAGACAGAAGGAGCUAUGGGACACUGAGUCUGUCCCUCCCACUGUGGGGUGUCAACGAUGGAAGAAAUCUGAGAUAUGGAGAUUACUCGGAAUACUGCAGGUUUUUUGUCAGUUUCUAAUGAGGAGUAUUCUUGGGCUGCUCUCCCAGAGAUAGGACCUGUUCAUACUAACUUGUGUAGGAUUGUCUCACUCGUUUUGUUUGGGAUACAUUUACCAGAAGUUGCUGUGGGUUUGGUGUGUCUAGUAAGUACUUUCUGGCUCCUGACACUUUCUCUCUAUUUUAGGGCAGCUCUGGCCUCUGCUCACCAAGGGCAGCCCUUGCCUGAGACCCUGAGUGUUCUCCAGAAUACCGCUCAGGUGCGGGGAAUGCACACCAUCAUCAGGUGAGGCCCUCGCUCUGGCAGGCUCUACUCUAUUGCAUCUGUAAUUGUUCUAACCACAUCUCCUUUGGGUUUUAUAGAAAUAAAGACACAAAUCGGGACGAGUUUAUAUUUUACUCCAAACGUCUCAUGCGCCUGCUGAUAGAACACGCACUUUCCUUCCUGCCUCUUCAGGUAAGUAGAAGCACCUUCCAGCUCCCACCGUGGAAGCCCCCUACUCCUUGCACUCGGAUGAUUUCCUGCUUUUUGUUUCUGUCACUCGUAACUAAUUAACAUGAAAUCCUAGCCUCGUUCACCAGCUUGUCAUUACCUCUUCUCCUCUUUCAGCCAGUGACUGUGGAGACUCCUCAGGGAACUUUAUACCAGGGCAAGAGAAUCCACAAACAGAGGGUGAGUACCCAUGAGGGGAACCAGUAGCAGUAGAUACAGUAACUGGAUAACUAAGAGGAGAGACACUAAUUGGGUUAAAAGGGGGAGUCGUAGUAAGUUCAAUGAGUGAGUUAGGAGGUGAUGGCAAUAGAUACAGUAAGUGACAAGAUAGCAGUAGGUAAGUGAUAGAGGGAGGGGAGAAGAUGGCAGUAGAUACAGUAAGUCAUGGAGGGAGAGGGUAAGAUGGCAGUAGGUACAGUAAGUGCAGGGUGGGGAGAAGAUGGCAGUAGGUACAGUAAGUGAUGGAGGGAGAGGGGAAGAUGACAGUAGGUACAGUAAGUGGAGGGUGGGGAGAAGAUGGCAGUAGGUACAGUAAGUGAAAGAGGGAGGGAAGAUGAUGGCAGUAGGUACAGUAAGUGGAGGGAGGGGAGAAGAUGGCAGUAGAUACAGUAAGUGAUGGAGGGAGAGGGGAAGAUGGCAGUAGGUACAGUAAGUGGAGGGAGGGGAGAAGAUGGCAGUAGAUACAGUAAGUGAUAGAGGGUGGGCAGAAGAUGGCAGUAGAUACAGUAAGUGAUGGAGGGUGGGGAGAAGAUGGCAGUAGGUACAGUAAGUGCUGUGGGUGGGGAGAAGAAAGCAGAGUAAUUGGGUGGUAGAUACAGUAAAGUGUCUUGGCUGCUGAGCUUGCACUCUAUGUAUUAUAACUUAAUGUAAUUAUUACCCCUGUACAUAGAUAACAGGGGUGUCUAUUCUCCGUGCUGGGGAGACCAUGGAGCAAGCUCUCACUGCAGUCUGUAAGGACAUCCGACUUGGAAAGAUUCUAAUACAGACAAACCAUAACACUGGAGAGCCUGAGGUGAGAUCCCAGCCCUCUCUUCUUCUUCUAACAUCAGAACAAGUGUGCAUUUUUUUCUUCUAUCUGUACAAUGCAGAAACCACACUGGGAAUAAUCCCGCAUAUAUAGGCACUGUGUUAUCAUCUAGUGAUUUAAG